CUCCCCUGACGUGGGCUGGGGCACGUCACCGCCGAAUGGCAGCCUCCAGAAAGCCACCGCGAGUAAGGGCGCAUCACCAGGAUUUUCAGCUGAGACAUUUAAGGAUAAUUGAACCUAACGAGGUGACACCCUCAGGGGACAAGAGUGUGGAAAGAGACCACAGGAUGGCUCCAAAGGUGACAUCAGAGCUGCUUCGGCAGCUGCGACAAGCAAUGAGGAAUGCUGAGUACGUGGCAGAACCAAUCCAGGCUUAUAUCAUCCCGUCUGGAGAUGCUCACCAGAGUGAGUACAUUGCGCCCUGCGACUGUCGGAGGGCUUUUGUCUCUGGAUUCGAUGGCUCUGCAGGCACAGCCAUCAUCACCGAAGAACAUGCAGCCAUGUGGACCGACGGGCGCUACUUCCUGCAAGCCGCCAAGCAGAUGGACAACAAUUGGACCCUCAUGAAGAUGGGUUUGAAGGAUACACCAACUCAGGAGGACUGGCUGGUGAGUGUGCUUCCGGAAGGAUCCAGGGUGGGUGUCGACCCUCUCAUCAUUCCCACAGAUUACUGGAAGAAGAUGGCCAAGGUACUUCGAAGUGCUGGUCACCACCUCGUUCCUGUGAAGGAGAACCUUGUGGACAAAAUCUGGACAGACCGGCCAGAGCGCCCCUGCAAGCCCCUCCUCACAUUGGGCCUGGAUUAUACAGGCAUCUCCUGGAAGGAGAAGGUUGCAGACCUUCGGUUGAAAAUGGCCGAGAGGAGCAUUGUGUGGUUUGUGGUCACCGCCCUAGAUGAGAUUGCUUGGUUGUUCAAUCUUCGAGGCUCAGACGUGGAGCACAAUCCGGUGUUUUUCUCCUAUGCGAUCAUAGGACUAGAGGCCAUUAUGCUCUUUAUUGAUGGGGACCGCAUUGAUACCCCCGCUGUGAAACAGCACCUGCUCCUUGACUUGGGCCUGGAGGCAGAGUAUAAAAUCCAGGUGCUUCCUUACAAGUCUAUCCUGAGUGAGCUCAAGACCCUGUGCUCUGACCUCUCCCCAAGGGAGAAAGUGUGGGUCAGUGACAAAGCCAGCUAUGCUGUGAGCGAGGCCAUCCCCAAGGAUCAUCGCUGCUGCAUGCCGUACACGCCCAUCUGCAUUGCCAAAGCUGUGAAGAACUCAGCUGAGUCGGAAGGCAUGAGGCGGGCUCACAUUAAGGAUGCUGUUGCCCUCUGUGAACUCUUCAACUGGCUGGAGAAAGAGGUUCCCAAAGGUGGUGUAACUGAGAUCUCAGCUGCUGACAAAGCGGAGGAAUUUAGAAGGCAACAGGCUGACUUCGUGGACCUGAGCUUCCCCACCAUCUCCAGUACGGGACCCAACGGCGCCAUCAUUCACUACGCGCCGGUCCCCGAGACGAAUAGGACCCUGUCCCUGGAUGAGGUGUACCUCAUUGACUCGGGUGCUCAGUACAAGGAUGGAACCACAGAUGUGACGCGGACCAUGCACUUUGGGACCCCGACAGCCUAUGAGAAGGAAUGCUUCACAUAUGUCCUUAAAGGCCACAUAGCUGUGAGUGCAGCCAUUUUCCCGACGGGAACCAAAGGUCACCUCCUCGACUCCUUUGCCCGGUCAGCUUUGUGGGACUCUGGCCUGGAUUACCUGCAUGGGACAGGACAUGGUGUUGGGUCUUUUUUGAAUGUUCAUGAGGGUCCUUGUGGCAUCAGUUAUAAGACAUUCUCUGAUGAGCCCUUGGAAGCUGGCAUGAUUGUCACUGAUGAGCCGGGGUAUUAUGAAGAUGGGGCUUUCGGGAUCCGCAUUGAGAAUGUUGUUCUGGUGGUCCCCGUGAAGACCAAGUAUACCUUCAAUAACAGAGGGAGCCUGACCUUUGAACCUCUAACUUUGGUUCCCAUCCAGACCAAAAUGAUAGAUGUGGAUUCUCUUACAGAUAAAGAGUGUGACUGGCUCAACAGUUACCACCAGACCUGCAGGGAUGUGAUCGGGAAGGAACUGCAGAUACAGGGCCGCCAGGAAGCCCUUGAGUGGCUCAUCAGAGAGACAGAGCCUAUCUCCAGGCAGCAUUGACCGUGCCCUGCAGUUGCUCUGUAGGAUGCUCUGGGGGAGGAAGAAAACGGCAGACCCCGACUUCGUCCUCCUUACUUCUUUCCAACUCCCUUUUUACUUUUAGACACUAAGAAGAACUGAAACUCUUCUUACCCACUUUGAUAUUUUCUUGCAAACAGUCUUUUAUGAAUUUUUAAUUGUUGAGAAUGAGCCAAGAAUAAAACUGCUACAGCAGAAGG